AUGAGACUAGCCCACGCGCUGACCACCUUCUCCUCCGGCCCAAGCCCGGAUCCCAACUCACUCAGCCAGAUAGCCCAAGGCUCCGCAGCACAGUCCAAGCGCGCCCCUCUCGCCGGCCACACGUACCCGCCGCCGGCGUGGGACAACGCCAGCCUCUUCCUGCUCGGGCAGCGCACGAUGCUCUUCAGCGGCGAGUUCCACCCCUUCCGGCUGCCCGUCCCGUCGCUGUGGCGGGACGUGUUGGAGAAGAUCAGGGCGGCCGGCCUGAACACGGUCUCGUUCCAUGUCGACUGGGGCCUGGUCGAGGGGAAGCCGGGUGAGUUCCGAGCGGAGGGCCUGUUUGAUCUGACCGAGUUCUUCGAGGCCGCCAAGGAGCUUGGCCUGUGGCUUAUUGCACGACCGGGGCCUUAUAUCAAUGCGGAGGUAUCCGGUGGUGGUUUGCCGGGCUGGAUCCAGAGGCUCAGGGGACACCCGAGGACAGCAGACGUGGAUUAUCUGGCCUCUACGGAUAACUACGCGGCGAAUAUUGCGCGAAUCAUUGCGAAAGCGCAAAUCAACAACGGCGGGAGGGUAAUUCUUUACCAGCCCGAGAACGAAUACAGUGUCUCGAGGACCCUGAUCGGUUUCAACUUCCCUGAUCCGGGAUACAUGCAAUAUGUUGAGGAUCAGGCGCGGAAGGGCGGCAUCAUCGUGCCCUCCAUCAACAACGACGCUUGGUUGGGGGGCCACAACGCCCCGGGCACCGGCGUGGGCCAGGUCGACCUGUACGGCCACGACCUUUAUCCUCUUGACCCGGACUGCAAUGAUAUGGCGUGGGAAAAGGGCGCUCUGCGGGAGACUCAAUACUCCAUGCAUCUCAACAUCAGUCCGACCACGCCAUACGCGAUUCCAGAGGGCGGCGUGCUGGAUUACUGGGGCGGCUCGGGCUUCUCUCGCUGUGCGGAGCGAUUCAACCACGAGCAGACCCGUGUCUUCUACAAGAACAACUUUGCCGCAGGUGCCAAGAUAUUCAACAUUUACAUGAUGUUCGGAGGAACCAACUGGGGAAACCUGGGCUAUGACAGCGGAUACACCUCGCACGACUAUGCUGCUGCCAUUGCCGAAGACCGCACCCUUACGCGGGAGAAGUACUCGGAACUCAAGCUCCAAGCCAACUUCUUCAAGGUCUCCCCCGGCUACCUUGAAGCGAGCCCUGCGCUCAAGCCCAGCACGGGGGUUUACAGCCCAAACAGAGACAUAACUGUGACGGCGGUGUUAGGGCCUAAGGGAUCAUUUUUCGUCACCCGCAAGACUGCAUUUCGAGAAGCGAAGCCGGUCAACUACACGCUGACGUUGCCCACCUCCAAGGGGAAGGUCACCAUCCCUCAUCUCGGUGGCGCCUUGACCAUGAGCGGACGUGACACGAAGAUCCACGUAACCGACUAUCCGGUCGGAGAUACAUCGUUGGUUUACUGCACCGCCGAGAUCUUCACCUGGCAAAAGUACGAGACUAAGACGGCCUUGGUUGUGUAUGGAGGGAUGGGCGAGACCCACGAGCUCUUGAUCAAGCGCGACUCCAACAGCAUGGCUUCUGCAGCUAAGACUAGUGCAGACGUGAAGACGGGACAGGACGGCCCGUACCUCUAUGUGCAGUGGCAAACGACGGGCGACAGGCAGUUUGUCGUGCUUGGGGAUCUCUUUAUCUACCUGCUGGACCGCAACUCGGCAUACAACUACUGGGUCACCGAGGCUUGGGGCCGGUCGCCGCUGAUAAUCAACGGUGGCUACCUGAUGCGUUCGGCCCUCAUCGCCAGUAAUACACUCCUCCUCCGCGGCGACUUCAACCGCACCACCACGGUCGAGAUCAUCGGCGUCCCCAGCUCCGUCACCUCCCUCACCAUCAACAACGUCACAGUCGAGCACGAGGUCGACAGCGACGGCAACUGGCACGCCCAAGUCGCUUACAACCCCCCGACCAUCGCCCUGCCCGACCCGUCCGCGCUCGCGUGGAAAUACCUCGACAGCCUCCCGGAGCGGCAACCCUCGUAUUCCGACUCGUCCUGGCCGUCCGCCAACCACAGUUUCACCAACAACACCUACCUCCAGGCGCCGCUCACGCCAACCUCGCUCUACGCGUCCGACUACGGCUUCCACGCCGGCGGCGCGCUGCUCUUCCGAGGUCACUUCGCCGCCACGGGCGCCGAGACGGCCUUCUGGCUGGUGACGCAGGGCGGGUGCGCGUUCGCGUCGCUCGUCUGGCUCAACGACACCUUCCUGGGCAGCUGGGCCGGCAACAGCAACAGCAACGGCAACGGCUCGUCGUUGUCGUCCUCGUCGCACCGGGACAGCUUCCCCCUGAGGCUGGUUCCCGGGAGCAGGCACGUACUGACCGUGCUGGUCGACAACAUGGGCAACGCGCAGAACGCGCUGGUGGGCGGCGACGAGAUGAAGGCGCCCCGCGGCAUCAUGAGCUACGGUUUUACCACCUCCGCCGGGGACGCGCCCGCCGUGGAGUGGAAGGUCACGGGGAACCUGGGCGGGGAGGAUUACGUGGACAAGGUCAGGGGCCCGUUGAACGAGGGCGGGCUGUUUGCCGAGCGGAUGGGCUAUCACCAACCGGGGGCGCCCACCGACAAGUUCGCGGCGGCGGGCAGUCCGAUGGAGGGGAUUGAUGAGCCGGGUGUGGGGUUUUGGACGGCGGAGUUGGAGUUGGAUAUCCCGAAGGAGCAGUGGGACGUACCGUUAAAUUUUGAGUUUCCGGAAAUCGAUCCGGCUGGCUCGGGGGGAAGGUACCGGGCGGUGCUGUGGGUGAAUGGGUUUCAAUUCGGGCGCUACAUCAGCCACAUCGGCCCGCAGACGUCCUUCCCCGUGCCUGAGGGCAUCCUCAACUACCGCGGCACCAACACCGUCGCCAUCGCAAUCUGGGCGACGCAGCCCGGCGGCGCGCGGAUCUCGUCGCUGGGGCUCAAGGCCGGAAGACCCGUGCUGACGGGGCGGCGCCCCGUAGUUGGUGUUGCAGCACCGGCGUGGACCGAGAGACCUGGGUCGUACUGAAACCCUGCAUUUACUCAAGUUGGUCAUGCAGAUUUCCCUGUUUCCUGUCGUGCU